AGUUCCGAUAGCCCACAGUGCAAAUCAUCCAACCAACCAUUGCCAACAUGUCCGCGACUCGUCGCCUCAUUACCUCCAACCGCUCUUUCCUUACCGCUGCCGUUCGUCGGCAACACACCCAGGCCGUUUCCCCUGUUGCCUUGUCCCAAAUUGAAACCCGCUGGGCAAAGCUUCCAGAAUGCGAGCAGGGUGCCAUAGCAGAUUACCUGGCCGCGAAACAAAAGGGUGACUGGAAGAACUUGACUUUGGACGAGAAGCGGGCUGCUUACUGGAUUGCUUAUGGUCCUUACGGUGCCCGUACGCCCAUUGACCCAGCGAUGAAAUACAAAGUUUUGGGAUGGUCCAGCUUCUUCCUUGCCAUUGCUUUUGGAGGAUACGUCUACUGGAGCGGAAAUGUCGUCCCGACCCUCCGAACCCACAACAAAGAAUGGAAGGAAGAGGAAGAGCGCCGUGCUAUUGAAAACAAGCAGAACCCCUACACUGGUGUAUAUGCCAAGUACAGGGAACAAGUAGAUGGAAAGCACUAGAUGUGUGCCGUUGAGUUUAGAUUGUAAAGGACGCGUUUGGACAAAUAUUUUACACAAGGUUAGGUUGGAAAAAAUAUAUUAUUAAGCAGGAAUCCUUGGGUGGAGCCUCAUAUUGAAGGUAUAUCCGCUCUCCUUCUAUUGAGAGUUUCGCCAUACCUAAUGAAAACAGACAUCCUCCUGAUUGAUUCCAAUAAAACAAUGUUUACACCGUAGCCGUCCGUCACUUGAAGGCGCUUUCUAAUAAUAUUAAUACUAUAUAUUCCCA